CAUCUGGGGUGGGUGGAAGGGGAGGGGUCCUCUUAGCCACUUCUCCCAUUCUCCUCCUCCUCCUCCUCCUCCGGGUUUUUCUGCUGCUGCUGGGCCUGGGGCUGUUUGCGUAGGAAGCCGCUUGUCUGUGGUCAGCCAGGUGGCUGAUAGAGAAGGCUGCUGUUCCGUGUCUCCAUCCGCCGUCCGUCCUUGUCUCCAUCCGUGAAACUCGCCCUCCCCUCUCUGAGUUGCCCAUCCCCACCUCAGCAUGGCCAUCUCGUCACGACUCGCUCUGUGGGAGCAGAAGAUUAGGGAAGAGGACCGAAGCCCCCCGCCGACUUCCCCACCUUUGCCUUUCUCCAUCAUUCCUGGGGGGUUCAUCAAGCAGCUUGUGCGGCAGAACGAGAAGGAGUCCAAGGCCCUGAGGCUGAAAGAGGACGUUGCCUCGAAUUCCCAGGAAGAUCCUCCUGGGGAGCCGGUUGCGAUCAAGGAGGCCGACCUCUUGGAAGUGGAGGGCGACAUGGCCAGCAGCAAGGGGCAGCUGAACGGGGAGAAGCUGGCAGGGGAAGGGAUGGUGGCGCUCCCGGAGAAGAAGACCCUGCCCUUCAGGAUAGGCCCCCCAAGGAGGAAUGCCAAGCUCUUUGGGCCCGAUCUGGGCCCAGCUGCUCCUCCCAAGGCAGAAGAGAAGGUCCCCCUGGCCGGAGGGCCGUGUCCCAAGGCAUCUGCUGCAGAAGCGAGCCAAGGGCCGCUGGACUCCAGGCCUGGCAUGGCAGCUGCACAAGGCAAACGCAUUGAGAGCCCAAGGAAGGAGACGGCCCAAGGAAGGACCAAGCCGGGCAGUGGGGCCAAAGGGACAGGGAAAAGGAAGGGGGCAGAGGGAGAGGAGCUGGGAAAGAAGGGGGAGCAGAAGAUGGAAGAAAGCGCAGAGAGGGGAGUGGAUGUGGCUGAAGCCAAGAAGGGGCCAGGAGAGGCCUUGGCAGCUGCCAGCUGGGAAAAGGGAGAUGCCAGGAAGGGACCUGAAGGAGCCCAGCAAGCAGAAGUUCCGGCCGGAGGAGGAAGGGAGCAGGGAGCCUCUGGAGCAGCAGAAGAGAUAAAGGGGAGCCUGGAAGAAGUGGUGGGAGAAGGACGAGAGCAUCCCGAAGAGAGUUUCCAUUCCAGCAAGGUCUCCGAGGACGCCUGGUUUGAAACAGAGAAGCUAUGGCUGUUUCAGAAGGAUAAAUUCAUUCUUGCCACUGAACUGAAGCCUGAUGUGGGCACCCUGGAGCUGCCUCCAGGAACCGUGCGCGCUCGCCUGGACGCCGAUGGCUCCAUUGUGGAGGUGGGCGAAGAAGAGGUCCAGAAGGCCAAUCCACCCAACCUGGACUACACCGAGGACCUGGCGGCUCUGGUCAGCCUGAAUGAGGCGAGUGUCCUCCACGUUCUCCACCAGAGGUUCCAGUCGCAGCUGCCCUACACCUUCUCUGGCCCUCACUUGGUGGCCCUCAGGCCGGUUCCUUCCACCGCCAGCAGCUCCAGAAAGGCCUUCCAAGGCAGGAGGGACAGGAUGUCUCCACACCUCUUUGCGGUGGCACAGAGGGCCUACUGGAGCCUGCUGGCGCAGAGGCAGGACCAGGCCAUCGUGGCCCUGGGCAGAAGCAACACGGGAAAGACCACCGCUUGCCAGGACAUCCUGGAGUACCUCGUGGCCACCGCGGGCAGCCUGGACAACCGGGUCACAGUGGAGAAGAUCCAGGCCAUGUUCACAGUGCUCAGAGCCUUUGGCACGGUGUCCGCUGGGCCCAACGGAGCCUCCACCCGCUUCUCCAUGGUCAUGGCGCUGGAUUUCAGUGCCUCUGGGCGUGUGACGGCUGCCCAUCUCCAGACGAUGCUGCUAGAAAGAGCCCGGGUGGCGCAGCAGCCCGAGGGAGAGGGCACCUUCAACGUCUUCUCACAGAUGCUGGCAGGGCUGGACCUGGAUCAGAGGUCAACUUUGCAUCUGCACCAAAUGGCAGAGAACAGCUGCUUUGGCAUCAGAGCCAGCCUCAAGGGAGAAGAGAAGCAGGGGGCAUCGGCUGCCUUUGCACAGCUCCAAGCUGCCCUUGGCACCCUGGGAGUCGAGGCGGCUGAGCAGGAAGCUCUGUGGCGGGUCUUGGCUGGCAUUUAUCACCUGGGGGCUGCUGGUGUUUGCAAAGUGGGCAGGAAACAGUUCCUGAAGUUCGAGUGGGCCAACCGGGCAGCGGAUGUCCUGGGCUGCGAGGCGGAGGAGCUGACCACGGCUGUCUUCAAGCACCACCUGCAACGGAUCCUUCAGCAGGUCACAGCUGGAGCCCGCUCGGAGGAGCCACUGGACGGCCCCAAGCUCAGCGGGGUGGAGUGCCUGGAAGGCAUGGCUGCCGGUUUGUAUGAGGAGCUCUUUGCAGCCGUGGUGAUGAUGGUCAACAGGUCCUUCUCCUCCAGCCAGCUCCCCAUGGCCUCCCUGAUGGUAGUGGACACCCCUGGCUUCCUCAGCCCCCGGCACCAGAAGGGAGAGCGGGCGGCCACCUUUGAGGAGUUCUGCCACAACUACGGGCAGGAGCGGCUGCAGGGGCUCUUCUACAAGACCACCCUGGAGUCCGAAGUGGCCAGAUACCAGGAGGAAAACAUUGAGGUGCCUUUUGAUCUGCCUGAACUCUCGCCAGCCGCCACGGUGGCCCUUGUAGAUCAGAACCCGUCCCAGAUGCUUCUGUCUUCCGGGGGGCCCUCGGAGGACCCCCAGGGCCUGCUCUGGAUCCUGGAGGAGGAGGCCCUGAUGCAGAGCUCCAGCGAGAGCAGGGCCCUCGACCGCCUGUGCUCAGCCUUCGGGAAGGAAGGGCAGGGGGUCUUGCGCAGGUGUGAGCAGCCCCUGCAGUUUGAGGUUGCCCACCGGCUGGGCAAAGACCCCGUUCGCUAUGAUGCCACCGGUUGGGUGGGCAAGGCCAAGUGGAACCUCUCCGUGCAAAACGCCAUCCAGCUCCUGCAGCAGUCCAAGAUAGGGGUUCUGAGGAAAGUCUUCCUGCCACGCGCCCAAAUGCCCCUGCUGUGCCGCUCCGUGGCGGGCUGGGAGGGCCACUCGCCGCAGGCCCUGCAGCGCAUUGGCUGCCUCAGAAAGACCUUCAGUAGCAGCUUGGCCGCUGUGAAGAAGAGGUCGGUGUGCGCCCAGAUCAAGCUGCAGCUGGAUGCUCUCAGCAAUCUGCUCAAGCGGUCUCGGAUCCACUUUCUCCAUUGCCUUGACCCGGGAACGCCGCAGGAGCCUCAGCCACCCACGGAGGCCUCGGAAGCCGCCCCAGGACCGGCGUGGGACGUUCCUGCCCUGCGCGCCCAGCUCUCUGGCAGCCUGAUCCUGGAGGCCUUGCGGCUGCACAGAAUUGGCUAUGCGGAUCGCAUGGAGCUGGCUCAAUUCUGGAGGCAUUUCCAGGGCUUGGCUCAGCCGGAGAUGAAGAAGUUCACCUCAGCCUAUGAGUUGACGGAUGAGAAGAAGGCUCUGGAGGAGCUCUUCCAGGCCCUCGAUCUGGAGAAGAAGAGCAUUGCGCUGGGCCACACUCAGGUCUUCCUGAAGACUGGCGUCCUUCCGCGUCUGGAGAAGCAGCGAGAGAAACUGGUGUCCCAGAGCCUGGUCCUGCUCCAGGCGGCCUGCAGGGGCUUCCUCUCCCGCCAGAAGUUCAGGAAGUUAAAGAUCCAGAGCCUGGCUGCCCGAUGCAUCCAGAAGAACCUGGCCGCCUACCGAGCUGUGAAGAGCUGGCCGUGGUGGCAGCUGAUGUGUACCAUCCGGCCACUCCUGACCAUCAGCCUGGCAGAAGGCCAGCUCCGAGUCAAGGAGGAGGAGCUUGCAGUGCUGCAAAAAAAGUUGGAAAAUUCAGAUAUUUCUCGCCAGGAGCUUCGGGAGAGCACUGAAUUGCUGGAAACCAAGGUCAUAGACCUGGCGGCAGAGUUGUCGGACGAACGCUUGAAAGGAGAUGUCGCCUGUCAGGUCCUGGAUGCGGAACGUGCCGAGAGGCUGCGGGCAACAAAAGAGGCCCAAGAGCUGCAGGCCAAGCAGCUGCAGCUUCAGAAGCGGCUGGAGGAGGCCGAAAAACAGCUGGGGGAAACACAGCAGCAGCUUCAGCUCCGUGAGAUCGAGGCCAAGAGCUCUGGGAAAGGGAAUGAGUGGCAGAUGCGCCUGGACUGCGCAGAGACCGAGACGGCGUUUCUGCGGAAAAGAAUCGGCCAGCUGGAAGAGAGGCUGGAGCGGGAGCAGCAGUCCAAAGCGGAAGUGGAGCAAAAGCUCAGCCAGGUGCAGCAACUGUAUGAGGAGGCCAGGCGGGCAGCCCAGCAACUGAAGCGGAAGUGCCAGCAGCUGACCUGCGAGCUGGAGGACACCCGAGUGCUGAUGGAAAACCAGCAGAGCCGCAACCAUGAGCUGGAGAAGAAGCAGAAGAAGUUCGACCUGCAGCUGGCCCAGGCGCUGGGAGAGUCGGCCUUUGAGAAGAGCCUCCGUGAGAAAGUGGCACAGGAAAACUCCGGCCUGCAGUUCCAGCUGGGCAGCCUGCGGCACAGCCUCGAGCAAAAAGAGUUGGAAAAUGAGGGCCUGGGCCAACGGGUCGCAACGCUCAGCUGCCAAGUGGAUGAGCUCAGCAACUCUGCCAGCCUGGACGCCGGUGCCCCAGCCGCCCUGCAGAAGAAGCUGUGGGAUCUCGAAUCCAGGACCUGGGAGCAGCAGCAGGAGCUGAGCCAGCAGACCAUGGCUGUUGAGCAGCUGGAGCAGCUUCACCUGAGACUGGAGCUGGAGAUCGAGCGGACAAAGCAGAUCCACCAGAAGGAGCUGGAAGAUAAGGAGGAGGAGCUGGAGGACACCCGCAAGUCCUGCCAGAAGCGGCUUCGCCAGCUGGAGAUGCAGUGUGAGCAGGAGUGUGACGAGAAGCAGAACCUCCUGCGCGAGAAGCGGGACUUGGAGGGUCUGGUUGCCACCCUCUGUGAGCAGAUUGGCCACCGGGACUUCGAUGUGGAGAAGCGACUCCGGCGCGACCUGAAGAGGACUCAUGCCUUGCUGGCAGACGUCCAGCUGCUGCUGGAGACCUCUGGGACAGCAGAGCCGGGCCCAUCAGGAAGCCAGGAGGAGUGGGCCAAGCUUCGCAGCCAGUGGGAAGAGAGCGCAGCCAGAUGUGCCGAAGCCCAGGAGUCUCAGAAGAUGCUGUCCCUGGAGGUGGAGAAUUUGCACUCGGAGCUGGAGACGGCCACCAGGAACAAACAUUUGGUGGACGAGCAGCUAUACCAGCUGCAGCACGAGAAGGCCGACCUGCUCAAGUGCUUUGAGGAGGACCAAGAGGACCUGAACGAGCUCAUGGCAAAGCACAAGGCUCUGAUUGCACAGUCAGCCACAGACAUUGCCCAGAUCCGAGAACUGCAGGGGCAGCUGGAAGAGCUGAAGAAGGAGAAGCAGACCCUGCAGGAAAGACUGCAGGCAGCCCAGGCCAGGCUCUCCUACCUGGAGCAAGCGAUGGUGGAGCGGUCGAUCGUCAGCCGCCAGGAGGCCCUGAUCUGCGACUUGGAAAGCAAGAUGGAAUUCCAGAGUGUCCAGAUCAAGCGCUUCGAGGUGCUGGUGCUCCGUCUCCGGGACAGCGUGAUCAAGAUGGGAGAGGAGCUGGAGAAGGCGAAGGAGGGCGAGGCGCGCGAGAGGGAGAACGUCCACUACUACCGGCUGCGGCUGGAGGAGGUGAAGGCCGACAUGAGCGAGCUGGCCCAGAGGGAGCUGGAGGCCAGUCGCAGGCGGGUAGAUCUGGAGAAGCAAGUGGACGAGCUCUUGGCGGUCAGGCAGACUUUGCAGGCAGACCUGGAGACCUCGAUCCGGCGCAUUGCAGACCUGCAGGUGGCUUUGGAAGAGGUGCAGUCGAGCGACGAGAGUGAGACGGAGAGCGUCCAGACGGCCCAGGAUUCCCUUGGUGCACAGCAGGAGACGGAGAGUCAGGUGAGUCUGGCUUCGAGUUCAUCGCUGAGCUUAAAUCUGGAGUCUGAAGGAAGCGUCCGGUCGUGGCUGGAGACGGGGUCAGGCUGGACAUCCCCUUCAGCUCCCAGUUUGGCGGGAAGCAGCUCUCAGCUCUCGCUGGACAUCCGGAGCCUCCCGAGCCUGAGGGCAAACAAAGACCCGGAGAAAAGCUGGCAGCCGAUGUCGUGGCUAAGUGCGAAAAGGAAGGACUAUGGACAAUGUGGAGGAGGCCCGGAAAGCCCUUCCGUUGGCUCCCUGAGGUGGGACUACGACAGCCCUCCCAAGUCAGAGGCCACGUCACCCCCUGGACGGAGGCCCGUGGCCUCUCCGGCUGCAGCCGAAGAGAAGUUCCCUUUGUCUCCAUCUCCGAGCAGGAAACUCUCUCCUUUGGCCGAGGACAAGCUGUCCCGGUCCUCUUCUGCGCUCUCGGAGUACGUGGAGGAUCUGCGGAGGAAGCGGCUGAAGGACAAAGAGCCUCUGGAGGAGGCCUCCUCCUUGCCCAUUUACCAAACAACCGGGGCUCCCUUCCUAAGGAGAUGCAGGACCCUGAAGGACAACGAAGACUUUCAGAUCAGCCUGGAUAACCUUGAGGCAAACCCUGGAGCCGACCUGCUUCGUGCCUCCAGUUUGAGAAGCAUCUCAUCGGAUUGUGGGCUGCGGCCGUCCCUCUCCCCAGUUCUGAAAGGGGCCUCCAGGUUUGGCUCCUACGACUCCCUCGUGCAGAACACGGGUGACCCUUAUGCCAAAGUUGCCUCUCCAAUCCUGGGUGGAGACGCAGCCAGCCCAUCACGCCCAAGGAGGCCGUGGAGGAGCUGCCUGGAGCCCUCCUUGGAGGAGAGCCUGGAUUUCGGGAAGGAGCCUCUGAUGUUCCAAAGCAGGAGGCUGGGGGAGAUCCCGAGUGACGGGAAAGAUCCAUUUUCUUGGAAAAUGCCAACGCUAAGUUACGAGCGGAAAACAGACACUGACUUGGACGACUUCUUGCCGGCCAUCCGGAAAUCUCAGUCCACCAGUAGCCUGCCCAGAGGCCUCAAGGAGAGGAAGGAUGUCCAUUUUGAAGACCAAGCCGCCCUGCCUCCGCGCACUUUCUUGUCUGAGAUGAAGGCCGUUUUGUCCCCACAGUCGAAAGUGAAGGAGGACCCCGGUAAUGUCUCUGACUCCUCUGACUCCUCUGACGGCUCGGUGGGGUCUUUCAAAAGCGCCGACAGCAUCAAGCGCCGGCCCCAAGUCCAGAGGCAGGAAGGGGAAGGCUGCGUGGGCAAAGGGAGCUUGGAAGGGGCGAAGGCUCACCCGCGGUCCGAGGCGGAAGGCAGAGAAGAGGAUGUGACCAGCAUCAUGAUGAAAUACCUUGGGAAAGAGUAAGGGCUUCAGCAACGGCAUUGAAAUGGAUCUGCAAGUAGGGUUUCUUCUGUGGAUGAAGGCUUCUCCCCCAUCGGAGCUGCCGGAACCAUAAUGCACAGCCACACGUGGGGUGUGAGGGUGCCUAGAUGUGAGAGAGACGGAUGUGCAGGCCUUCCCUGUCAGGAGCCCUUCAGGAAACUCUUGGACUGACUGACGCCAAAUAAAACCUUUUGGUUCU